GCGUGACGUCACCUCCGCGAGUCCGUACUAGUGCGCGGUUGUUGACAUUAUCAUUUAAGUGGGUCACUUCGUGUUUGAAAACAAACAUGGAUAGAAAAAAUUCUUGUGCGUUUUUAGUGGUGUUGCUGACUUUGUCUUCAGUAAAAUGUCUAGAAAACCUGAGCAAUAUGAACAUAAUGCAGGCGAUGGCAUCGACAAAUGUCGGAGCUCAAAAGUUUGCAUCAUGGGCUGAGGAGGCCUUGAUUGCCUCCCUGCUGCGGGGCACAGUGGCCUACACCGUCUUCGUGUUCAAUGAUACGGCAUUCAACACAGCCCCAGUUGAAGACAGACAGAUCAUCAACAGCAUCUCAGGAAAUGAGGCCAAGCGAGAGUACCUUGAGACAUUCAUUUUACAGGCAGAGAGGAACACGGAUUCUUUCCCUGGGAAGUCAAGCACAGCCACAUCACUGAAUGGACGGACGUUGUUUAUUGAGAGACGGAGGAUAACGUUCACUGACCUAGGAGGUACCUACGGCACGGAGGGUGUUUUUAUGAAUGGCGCAAUGGUGGACACAACUUUCCGAUGCUCAAACGGUUACAUUCACAGACUGGUUCAGCCCCCACUACCAGUCAGCAGUAAGAACGCGUACUUGUGGGUGACACAACCUGAUCUACCUAGCAUAAAUACAGUUAAAUUUAAUGAAAUGAUACGAAAAUUGUAUCAAACUCCGGAAUAUUAUGAUCAGACAAUAACACCGAUCGGUCGAACGUCUAAAAUAACACUGCUGCUUCCGACGGAGGCAGCUCUUGGCAACAUUCCCAGUACCAAAUAUCAGCAACUGUCAGGAAAACUGUUGUCAGAUUACAUCAAGAUGCACUACCUUCCCGACAAUGCUGUGUUCACCUCCUACCUGGAACAUCAGGAGAGCUAUCAGACCGCAGACACACAGACCAGGGCUAUCUUCAUGAGGUCCAACGAGAAAAUGCUAGUCCGUAGUGGUGGUGUUACUGCUCAAAUUACACAGGGAAACAUCACAGUACAGAACGGUGUCAUUCAUUUGAUAGACAGGAUGCUGGGAUAUGUCUACUUCAACGUCCGUGAACAAAUAAACGACAUGUGUACCACUGGAGGACUUUCUACGACUUGCAAAUUCAAGGCACUGAUUGACCAGGCAACACCAGAUAUUUCCACGUUAGUUAGCCAGAAUGGCGUGAACAUGUUCGUCCCGACUGAUAACGCCAUACAAAUGCUGAUGACAUACAGGGGCAUAGACAUGAAUCAGAACCGAACCAUGAUGGACUAUGUGUUGCGGCUGUGCAUCUUGAAAGAUGCUGAUCUUGAAGUGUCGAGGUUCAACAAUAACUAUGACAUUCGUCAGAGAAGAACCACAAGAUACAACGAUUUUCUGGCCCUUGUAUACAAUGACAGAAAUGACACAUGGGUAAAUAACGGAAAUGUGCGUGGUAGAAUAGUUCGUCCGGACAUUGACUGUACAAACAACGGCCGCAUACAACUGAUAGACGCUGUACCCGGAGUUCCAUGGAUGGACAUUCCCACCACCAUAGAAUAUGACGAGUAUCUACUGUAUACAUGGAAUGACAUUAAAGCCACAGGUCUUAAUAACUAUCUGCGCGACAUGAGCUUCAACAUGAACAACAUGCCUCUACCCUCAAAGACCUUCAAGGAUAACACUUACGGACAAAAUGUGUUCGGCACGACACAAAACCCAUUUUCUACACAAUAUCCCAACCUGUAUCCGAACACCCAGUAUCCAAACAACCCGUAUCCGAACAACCAGAAUCCAAACAUCCAGUAUCCAAGCAACCAGUAUCCAAGCAGUAACCAGGGUAUUUAUGGGGAAAAUCAGUUUGGAAACCAAUAUCCCAGCAACCAGUAUCCAAGCAUCCAGUAUCCCAACAACCAAUAUGCUGAUACAUACCGCACCUGUGGAACUCAGUAUAGCCCUUGCCAAUUCACGUUCUUUGUUCCCAACGGCACGGCUACAUACAACUAUGGAUUGACAGGAUUUGGACAGACUAUUAGAAGGGACUCUGCCAGAUAUCGUUAUAUCCUGCGUCGACUGAUUAUUCCAAACCAAGUGAUCUCCCUUGAGAGGAUGCCAACGUUUGGCAACUCACAGCGUUACACCAGCGACACAGGAGAGGAGAUUAUGAUCAAGAAGGAAACUGAAAACACUGUGCGUUUGUUAUGGGGCUCCAUGUCGGCCAGGGUCAUCAUGUGGGAUAUCGGGGCCACCAACGGCAUCGUGCACAUCAUCGACAACAUCCUGUCUGACACCAGCGACCUCAGCCGUGACAUCAGCGGCUCCACUGCCACCAGCAGCAGCAUCUUCGUCAUCAGUAUAGUGUCAUGCCUGUGGAUUGUAUUGCAGCGUUUGGAAUAUUAGUGUUCGUGUGACCAGCUUUUUUUGUCUCCUCAAUUGCAAAUUUCCAGUUUGUGUAAAUAAUGAUGGAAAUAUUUUUCAAUGAUUUCAAUGGGUUGAGUUUGUCAAAAGAUAGUUACACUUCAAGAGAUGUGUUUUGUAUAUAUAACCUUCAAACAGGUAAAUAAAUGCGUUAUAUAUUUCGUUUCAAUCAUUAGAACUAAAGAGAUGAUUUUUGAUAAAGAAGGUCCUCUGCUCAAAUUAAUUGUUUGUGUUUUCAUGAAGGAUCAAUUAUCAUUGAAUAGUGUAAAUAAAUUAUCAAUUAUGUUUGCAUUUCUAGUAAAUACAAUAAAUUUGUGUUACACACAUUCUUAUAUUGGCAAGUGUUCUCAAAAUCUUAUAUUGUGUUUUGGUUCAGUGAUAAUAGCAUCUCACAUUAUCUUAGGGAAUCACUGAUUGUUUAUAGAGGCCCUGUAAUAUAAAUCUCUUUUUUUCAUUCAAAAUUUUCUAGGAGUGACCAUUAUUAUACUAGUUUUGAUAUGACUGUUUUGAACUGCACCUGUGGCCCUUGGGCUGUUUUAAUCUUGACAUGACAAUUUUAUUUUACCCUUUUAUGAGAAUGUGUGUAUUUGAAAACAAGUUCCAAUUUGAAAAACAUAGAACUUGUAUACAUAAAUUAGUUUUAUUUGUACAUAGUUUGCUCUUGUAUUUGAUGCACCAUGUAAGCAGUUUUCAUGUGAAUGCAUCAAUUUUAUUGGUUUUGUACUUUUUUACUAUAAAAUGUAUUAUUUAAGAGCACAUCAACAAGCUCAGAUUAGUACUUAAAGGUUUUACUAUGUAUUUACAAUAUUUUCCUAUAUCAACUUUAAGAAAAAGAAAUAUUUUGCAAAUAGUGUUUUUAUAUAUUAGUAUAUUCCAGAGGGUUAGUAAGUUAGGUGCCAUAUUAAAUAUUACAAUUAUCACAGUUGUAUUGUAGCAUACCGGUAAAUAAAUUAUUUCAUAACAUAUUUCUACUGGCUUCAAAUGUUUUGUUUUGUGGAUUUUUCUGGUUUUGAAUCUUGCAAUAGAAAGACCAUUUCAAAUAAUCGCAUUAAAAAUGCACGUAGUUGGCAAUAACCUUUGAGUCUGUUAAUAGUAUCCACAUUUUUUUCUUUAUUUGAUCAAUAUGUGUUGUACUCAAUUUAGUUUCCUUAAUUAAAAAAAUGUAUAUUUUUGCUAUCAUGUUAUUUUGAAUUAGUUAUUGUAUUGUAUUCUAUAGUUCUUUUGAUUUAUAAUAUCUAUAUUAUAAUUAUAUAUGGGUAUUUUUGGUACAUUUUUAUAAAUAAUUUGAUAUCUAAAGUGCUAUUUAUGUAACAAAAAACCAGAAAUAAAGUUGAAAUAUUUACAAAGUAUGACAAACAUAAUACGACUUCAUGGCUUGCUUGGUUAUGAUUUUAAGUAUCUUUACUUUUUAAAAUUAUUCAUAUUUUUAUAUUUAGAUCUACAGUAAAUUAAUACAAUUUUGCAGAGGACCUUAUUUUCAUGAAAAUCAAAUGUUCUUCUCAAAUAAUAAUAAAAUAUGCAGUCCAUUAUACAUUACUCUGCAAUGUUUAGCGUCAGUGGAAAUACUAAGUCAUUGCCCUUGUGAAUGUGAAAACUUGAAUUUUAAUAUUUUUUUUAAAGCACACAUAGUUCAUGUAAUAUUUUUGUUUUGAAAGAUUUGUAUCAUUUAUUAAUAAAACUUGCAUACCAUAGACUACAUUAUAGCCAUAGUAUGUAUGCAGGUAUUUAUGUUUUCAAAGGUAAAAUUUAUUUCUGUGUUGACAGAAUAUUUGCAACAUCAUUACCAUAUUUUAAACUUUCUUCAUACUGCUUGAGCACAAGUGGAGUAGCACUAUAACAAGAGUUGAUUGUACUUUCUCGGAUGCACGUUCAAUAAUUUUGAUAAUUAGACAACAAACAAUACUUGAAUAGUUGUUAUUCCAAACUGAGUGAAAACUGGGUUUUCUGACUACACAGAGCACAAUCAUAUGAUCUCAAUCAGAAUCACAUCAUUCACAAAAUGGGUCUUACAGAAUAUGAGGCAAGGGUUACUCCAUACGAGCUCGCACUAUUGCAGUCUUGUCAGGAGCAAUGCUGUCUGCCAUAAAUUCACGUAAGGUUUUGUGGUCUCUUUGGAGAGAGCGUCGCUUCUGACCAUUUAAGUAAAAGGCCCAUUUUAAAAUCAGGCGGCUUAUCUUUGUCUUUCCAUAUUGACAGUCCAACUUAAAUUUGCCAAUUUUUUUGUAAACAUUUGAAUCUUCAUGUGGCACAAGACUAGUGUAUGCUAUAACAUUUUUGUUUGAGAUUAGCUGAGUUCUUAAAACUGUCUUUUUAUGUGCCUUUUCAUGUUCUUUGUAUUAUCAUCUGUUCACAAAUGACAAAUGCUGUGUAUAAACACAGUACUGUUUGUUAACUAUUUUCCUACUUUUUAGGUUUUUUUUGCACUGUGUGUCAGUCUCUAAGAAAAUUACCUCUACUCUAAUCAAAGAUCUGUAAUAAAAACAUGAUGUUUAUUGAUAGACCUUUGCUCUAACUACUAGAUGCAAUACCUUGUAUAAUCUGUGAAUAAUUGUCAGAAUUAAUUUAAUAAGCGGGUCCUGAUUUUUCUACAAUUGUGUAUAUCUUACUGCAAAAAUAAUUAUCAAUGUUUUAUUUAAGUCAAAUUGUGAAUUAAUGGAACUUGUGUCUUAUAGCAUUCAUUUGAAAAUCUCAUUUUUAACUGAUGAAAUAAGGGUCUCAUUUAGGGCAUAGAAAGUCAAGACGAGAGCCAAUUGUUGUAUGCCUAAGAAACAAUGGCCAGUUUCAGUUAUAGCAUGUCAUCAUUGUUUUUAAUCCAUAUGGUAUGUGUUCUGUGUAUCCAUAUUCAUUUUGUUUGGGGUGAAAAUGCAACAACUUAUCGUGCAAUCAAAUAACACAUAUCAUU